UGUUCACUCGGAUCGUACUCAUGCUGUGUGAUGCUUCAACAACAGUGACCAUAUCAUGCGCAGGACUUCUUGCUGGCGACGACGACAAAUACUUUGGCGCGGCAUUUCGAUCGAAUGUCCAGCUACGACAACAAGUCGACUCGACUGCUAUCUUAUGCACAGCAAAGCCGCCGUGGCCCGCGCGUAUCCCGCGCGACGAUGCAUCUAUCACAUGCAAGAAGGACCCGCCUGGCCGGAUCGGUGUAACGUGACAGAAUUGACCGCAUAUCAUCCGACGUUGGCAUCUCGAACAAGGAAUCAAACUGGAACACUUUGCGAGGCAGUCACCCGAAUUCGCAGACCACUCGACAGUCGUCCUUGCCCGAACAAACGUCGGACGCCUCAAAUCUUGAUCCCUGAGGCACUUCACCAAGAUACCUUAUUCACGCCCCACCAGAGAAAAUGUUUCCCGUUGCUCCCCAAACACCGAACAUCAACAUCCACAUACCUCAAACGACAACGCGCGCUCUCGAACACGUCCCGAAAUCAGAACCCCUCGACGUGAUUCCCCACCAAACCCGUC